AGGACUUUGGUUCUGACUCUGCGUGAGAUCAGAAAGCACUAGGGAGUUUUGAGCACUGUGGACACUACCCAGUUUAUUUAGCAGGACUAAUUGCUGCUCUGGUGACUGAGCACUUCUGUCUCCCUUGUUUCUCAGGACAGCCUGCAGAAGAAUAAUUUUUAGGCCCAUAUCUGUGCACAUACUCCAUGCAGGUUGGCAGCGAGAUUGGACCAUGCAGAAUUGCACUGAUGAGAACACUGAGGCUCUAGGGUGUGGAGCUCACCCAUGGAUGUCCAUCCAGCAGUGGCCAAGCUCUCCCAACUCUCACUACUUCCCAGGGGUGUGGUGUGGACACACCUUGACGAGACCCACAAUGUGUCUCUGAAGCUGCAUGGCCACCAUCUCACGUGCCAUCUCUGAAGCUGGGCACAUUGGUGCUGACACCGGUCACUGAGAAAGCAUCCCGAACCCAGCUUUUUGUUAUGUAGUCCCAUACUUUUCAUAAAAGAGCAGUCAUUACAAUGGUGGGCCUACUUUUUAAGGAGGUUGCUGGGGGUGCUGUUGGCUCCCUGAGGGGUGUGAGAGAAGAAAAGGACCAAGUCCAGUCUUGUGACUGCUGAUGGGAGCAGUCAAGGUGUCCUCUCAAAGACAAAGUCUCAACUUCUUGGUUCGGUGGGUAGAGGAUGAGAUGGUGUUGAAUUUCGGGAUAGGAAAGUGCUUUUCUGUACACCUGGCUGCCUGAAAAGUUGUUUACUUGCCUCUGCUGUUCAGUAGGGAUUUUCAUGGCCAACUUGGAUUGUUUGAUAUCAUAUCAAAAGAAUGUUUGUGUGAUAACCAAAGGCAUAUUUAAUUUAGAAUGACCUGUUUUUCCUUUGCAACCCUCCUCUUGAAUUCUGACAGAUCUGCAGCUGCAUAGCAUUUAAAAAAAAUUUUUUUUCUUAAGGUUUAUUCAUUGUUCAGAGACAGAAUGUAAGUGGGGAAGGCUCAGAGAGGGAGACACAGAAUCCGAAGCAGGCUCCAGGCUCUAAGCUGUCAGCACAGAGCCUAGCGCGGGGCUCGAACUCACCAGCCAUGAGAUCAUGACCUGAGCUGAAGUCAGAUGUUCAACCAACUGAGCCACCCCGGCGCCCCUGCUUAGCACGUUUUUAUUGCCCUGGAUUUCUCUAAGAGCAUGUGCUUACAGUUUUCUAUGGCCGCUGUAACAAAUUACCACAAAUUUAGUGGCUUAAAACACAAAUUUAUUAUCUACAGUUCUGGAGAUGAGAAGUCCACAAUCAGUCUCAGCUAAAAUCGCGCCAUCAGUAUGGCCGCAUUCCUUCCCAAGGUCCUAGGCAGUAAUCGUUUCCCUGCUUUUUCCAGCUCCUAGAGGCCACCUACAUUCCUUGGCCUGUAACCCCUUCAACUUCAGGGCCUCUCUGACUUCUUCUGUUGUCACAUCUUCUGGGACCUGACCCUCCUUUCUGCCUCUUAGGAAAAUCCUUGUGAUUGCUUUCUGCCCAGUCAGAUGAUGCAGGGUAAUCUAUCUCAAACUCCUUAACUCACAUCUGCAAAGUCCCUUUUACCAUGAAAGCUAACAUUCACAGAUUCCAGGGAUUAAGAUGUGGACAUCUUUUGGGAGCCAUUAUUCACCCUGUUACCUGACCUUUCUUCCUACUUCACUGAGAGACUAUAGCCUGACAGGCUGUUUCACACACCCCUCCCCCACUGCCCAUGCUCGCCCCUUCUUAGCUCCUUCUUUCACUAGGGGUGGGAGAGGUGCUGUGCUGGCUUAAAGCCAGUUGUCCCCUCUUGUUUGUAAAGCCCAAGAGCACAGGGACUCUCAGGGUCCACACCACAUCCUUCAGGCUAAAGUUGCUGGAUAUUUUUUACUCCUUUUAUUUCACUUCUCAGGAUUUUGCAUGCUUGGAUGCUCUUUCAUAAGUGAAAUCCUUUUCCCUUAGCUUCUAUGUACCCCGCCCCCCUCUCUCUUGUGUUCCUUCUCUUGGGGUCAGGACACAGUUAAUGAUAUUGAUGAUGGGAGAAUAUGGAGACUGUUGGCACACUGCACCCAAAACCUACAGUCCGUGGCAUGCACAAGCCCCCAUACUUGUCACUAGCCAUCUAAGGUACUUGUGGGCUCCCUGGGGUCUCUGGUGAGGUCCCUCAAGGUUAGAGGCACCCUGUAUUGCUCAAACUAUCUUGGGCCACAUUUUCUCACCUACUUUUGCUCCUCUAGCCCAAGGCUAGAAAACCAUGAGGUAACCCUUCUUGAAAGCAACCUGAGGCUCUCCUGUAGUGGAAAAGGAAAACUGGGAAGAUGAGACCAAGAAACACAUUUUUCCCCAAGCUGGUAUGCUUGCUCUGGUUUUUGGGAUUCCGCACACCCUUAAUUUUUAAAAGAAAUGUGAACUAGGCCCCUGUAAUUUUAACAGCUACAGAAGGGAAGAAAGAAUCUAGUAAAGAAAAUGGCAAAGCACAGUGUUUCUUAUGAAUUACCUGGAGGAGUUUGUUUUUGUUUUUGUUUUUUGAGGGAAGAGAGUUUGGGGUGGAGGGUCCUAUGGAAAUCUAAUGAAUUCGUCUGUUGUGGAUGACAGACACUGUGGAUCUUUUGCUUUGGCACAGGUGAGGGAUUCAUCCCUCUCCCUCACUCCCCACAUCUAGUUUAAUCAUCUGACAUAAAUGCAGUGUUUGGGGUUAAAAAUGUCACAGGAGUAAUGAGAGAAGGCCUCAAAUGCUAGAAUAAGAGCUUGGGUUGAAGUGAGGAUAGUUGGGGAACCAACCAAGUAGAUGAGAUUCUACCUUCUAAACUUCUGUAGAACCUGUUCCUCCUUCUCUUCCACACUGUCACAUCCUGGCUUAGAUCACCUUCAAGUCUUACAAGAAUAUCUUCAGUGGUGUUUCAGGUCUCAGAGUCUUGCCCCUCUCUACAUUACAGCUAAACACAAGUCUUUUUCAAAUUUUCCAGAAGUCUGAUCUGACCACCUGCUGCUUAAAGUCUUCAUUGGUUCCCCCUUGGUCCUCAAUUUAUUUUUUUAAUUUAUUUAUUUAAAUUCAAGUGAAUCAACUUACAGUGUAGUAUUGGUUUCAGGAGUAGAACUCAUCCCAACACGUGCCCUCCUUAAUGUCAGUCACCCAUUUAGCCCAUCCCUCCCCCACCUCCCCUCCAGCAACCCUUAGUUUGUUCUCUGUGUUUAUGAGUCUAUUAUGGUUUGCUUCACUCUCUGUUUUUAUCUUAGUUUUCCUUCCCUUCCCCUGUGUUCAUGUUUUGUUUCUCAAAUUCCACAUAUGAGUAAAAUCAUGUGUUAUUUGUCUUUCUCUGGUUGACUGAUUUAGCUUAGCAUACUCUCCUCCAUUUACCCCAAACUCUUACUCCCAGCAUUUGAGGCCCAACCUAGUUGGCUCCAUGACCUCUCUAGCCCCAUCUAUUUUUCCAGACACUUAACUAUUAAGUGGAACCUUCCUACCAUGUCCUCCCACAUCACCCCAAGCCUUUGCCUCAGGCUGUGCUCUCUGCUUGGGAUGCCUGUCCCUCCUCCUAGCUACUUGACAAAUACCCACAUACCCAUUAGCGGUCGACUUAGCAUCACUUCUCUGGAGAACCUGCUACUCCCUUCCUUCAGUAACCACUCCUUCCUCGUAUACUUUUGUUCUCCCAAUAGACUUUCACUUGCAAACCUCUCUGUCCAUUCUGUCCCACCUAGACUGGACACUGCUGUAGCCAGGGUUCUGUCAUCUGUCGCCGGCAGGCUGCACUGGGCUGGACCUGCCACAAGCCCCAAUAAAUGUUGAAUGAAGGGACCAAAGUACUGUUGAGACCCUUAUACUUUUUAAGACCUAGUGAACUAGAGUUGAGUGAACUUGAGAGAAAAUACACACUUUUGAAGAGCUAUUUGCUCUUGGGCAAAUCAUUUAAAUUCUGAGCCUUCAUUUCCUCAGCUCUGCCCUGCCUCAGGAUUCUGUGUAGUAACAUAUGUGAGGUACCUGAUACUGUGCCUGGCUUACUGUAGGGGCUCAGAUACUUAUCACCCUCCAAGCCAGGAAGCAGAGGAGGAAGAGGUGUUCAGUCAGUGGGCAGGGCAUUAGGGACGUAAGGCAGGGCAUUAGGGACGUAAGGGGAGGGCACAGAAGCCUAAGACCCCAGUGUGCUUGGAUUUCUACAACUGCUGGCUGCCUGCUCUGUCUUGGAGACAAGCUGAGUUAGGUAGAUGGUGGUGGGGGUGACAGAUCAAGGGCCUGCCAAGGCCAAGCCCUCCCCGGGCUGCCGGAAUGGAUCAGCCCUCGGUGACAUCACAAUCCUCAGGGGUUACCAAGGCACUGCUGGAGGCGGACCCUCUUAUUUCUCCCCACGGAGCUCUAGGAUGUGAAUGUGAGAAAGGUGAGCAAAGAAGGCAGAUGGCGACGAGGAGCAGCCCCGGCCCCAUGCCCGUGGGCACGGCUCAGGGUGAUCCUGGAGAGGCAGGAACACAGCCGGGUCCUGAUGCUGGCAUCCGGGAGACUGGGUCAGCCACUCAGCUGAAGUCGAAGCCCAAGAAAGUGCGCAAGAUCAAGGCACUCAUCGUUGACCUGGGCUCCCAGUACUGUAAGUGUGGCUACGCAGGGGAGCCGAGGCCCACCUACUUCAUCUCCUCCACUGUGGGCAAGCGCUACUCCGAGGCCGCCGAUGCUGGCGACACCCGCAAGGACACCUACGUGGGCCACGAGCUGCUCAACAUGGAGGCACCCCUGAAGCUGAUGAACCCGCUCAAGUAUGGCAUCGUGGUGGACUGGGACUGCGUACAGAGCAUCUGGGAGUACGUCUUCCACACGGCCAUGAAAAUCCCCCCCGAAGAGCAUGCCGUGCUGGUCUCUGACCCCCCGCUCAGCCCCAGCAGCAACCGGGAGAAGUACGCGGAGCUCAUGUUCGAGACCUUUGGCAUCCCUGCCAUGCACGUGACGUCCCAGUCGCUGCUGUCCAUCUACUCGUAUGGCAAGACCUCAGGCCUGGUCGUGGAGAGUGGGCACGGCGUCUCGCACGUGGUGCCCAUCUCGGAAGGAGACGUGCUUCCGGGCCUGACGGGCCGUGCCGACUAUGCCGGGAGCGACCUCACCAACUACCUGCUGCAGCUGCUCAACGAGGCCGGCUACAAGUUCACGGACGACCACCUGCACAUCAUCGAGCACAUCAAGAAGAAGUGCUGCUACUCGGCACUCGUGCCUGAGCAAGAGCUCGGCCUGGGCCUGGAGGAGGUGCGCGUGGACUACGAGCUCCCCGACGGCCAGCUCAUCACCAUCGGCCAGGAACGCUUCCAGUGCGCCGAGAUGCUCUUUAAGCCCACCCUGGUGGGCAGCAGCCAGCCGGGCCUCCCUGCGCUCACCGCCGCCUGCCUGGACCACUGCCAGGAGGCGGGCUUCAAGGAGGAGAUGGCCGCCAACGUGCUGCUGUGUGGUGGCUGCACCAUGUUGGAAGGCUUCCCCGAGCGCUUCCAGAGGGAGCUGAGCCUCCUCUGCCCCGGGGACAGCCCUGCAGUGGCCGCUGCUCCUGAGAGGAAGACCUCCGUGUGGACUGGCGGCUCCAUCCUGGCCUCCCUGCAGGCCUUCCAGCAGCUGUGGGUCAGCAAGGAAGAGUUUGAGGAGCGGGGCGGGGCAGCCAUCUACAGCAAGUGCUGAGCGGCGGUGCCCUGGUAGGCGAGGCCUGGCGGUCAGAUGGCCUCCGGCCACUCUAUACACAUUUACAGAAUUUCACAUAAAACUUUAACGUGCA